AUGGACGAAACGACCGAGAAGAUCAAAAUCUUGAAGCUGAAGAUGAAGGAAGCUCAAGACAGACAGAAAAGCUAUGCGGAUAAGCGCCGAAGGGAGUUGGAGUUUCAGGUUGGAGAUAUGGUUUAUCUCAAAACCGUGACUUAUAAGGGUAAGGAUCGGGUAGCACUGAACACUAAGUUGACGCCUAGAUACAUGGGACCGUACCGAAUCCUGGAAAGGAUUGGUCCGACGGCCUACAAGUUGGAGUUACCUCCGGCUAUGUCAGCUUUUCAUCCGGUGUUUCAUGUGUCGAUGCUAAGGAAAUGCAUCACGGGACGGGAGAAUGUGAUCUCCGAACCCUCUCCAGACCUGCAAGUGAAUAUGACCAUCAUCGGUCGGCCAGUUCGGAUAACUGGUACAAAGAUGAGAGGUCCGCAUAAGAAGAAGAAGACAAAGUUAAUUCAGGUCGUAUGGGAUUGUGAAGGGAUAGAGGAGACGACUUGGGAACCAGAAGAAGUUAUGAAAGUGAACUUCAAGAAGUGGUUCGAUAAAAGAGAGAUUCCUCGUAAGGAAAGCAAAGAUUCGAGAAUGAAUCAGUCCUAA